AUGCGGAAUGGCGCAGGUGAUGUGGAUCGCGACAGCAGCGGCGGGCUGCGGGUCAUCGCGGGGUCGUACGAGCGCUUUCUCUUCGGCUUCCGCCUCCACCUCCCCACCCACCCGUACGCCGCGCCCCGCCUUCCGCCCCAACCACGCAAUCGCGUGCGCGGCUGGCUGGGCGCAUCGCAACCAGCAGCGCGCGGCGGGGAGGGAGGGGAGAGGGGAGAAGGUAUGGGGGAGGAGAGGAAGCAGGAGGGGCAAGGCGAGGGGGCCGGGGAGGCGGCGUUGCGGCAGCAGUUCUGCUACGGGGGGCACACGGGGCCCAUCAAGUGCGUGGCGGCGGCGGGGGGGGUGGCGGUGAGCGGGGGGGCGGACGACAGCGUGCGCGUGUAUGACCUGCGCGCGCGCACCGACAUGGGCGCGCUGCUGCACCACACCGCCGCUGUUUCCUGCCUCGCUGUGAGUGCCGCCGUCUCGUGCCUCGCUGUGAGUGCCGCCGUCUCGUGCCUCGCUGUGAGUGCCGCCGUCUCGUGCCUCGCUGUGAGUGCCGCCGUCUCGUGCCUCGCUGUGAGUGCCGCCGUCUCGUGCCUCGCUUUGCACGGCAGUGGGAGUCGCCCCACUCACCUGCUCGCAGGCAGUGAAGACCGCACCAUCAGCCUAUGGGAGGUCGCCACGUGGCGGCAUCUAUCAAGCCUCAAAGGGCACAAGGCGCCUGUGAAUGACAUCGCAGUGCACCCAUCGGGGCGGGUGGCGCUGUCAGUGGCGAGGGACGCGGAGCUGCGCCUGUGGAACCUGCUGCAGGCGCGCUGCUCCUUCCGCACGCGCCUGCCCGCCCAGCCCCUCGCCCUCACCUACUCGCCCGGGGACGCUGCCUGCUACGCGCUGGCCCUGAGGGGCGGUGCCGUGGCCGUGCACUGCUCUGCUGACGCCUCGCUCACCGCCACGCUGCCCCACCCCGCCUCCUGCCUCGCCCUCUCCUUCCUCACUCCACACGCGGUGGUGACGGGUGGCGAGGAGAGGGCAGUGAAGGUGUGGGAUGUGCGCCAGCCACCGCUGCACCCCGCCGUGAGUGUGGCGGGCGCUCACAGCGCUCGCAUCCGCGGCGUGCUGGGGGCGCUGGCAGCUCGACAGGGGGGCGCAGGGGGGGGUGAGGGUGAGGGGAACGAGCUGGCUGCAGCAGCCAAGGCAGGUCUGACCGCUUGGCGCAGUGAGGGGGGAGGGGGUGAGGGUGGGGAGGAUGGGGAAGGUGAGGAGGAAGAGGGCGACAGAGGGAAAGGAGAGGAAGGAGGUGGCAUCGAUGGUGGUAAGCGUGGCAAGGAGGAAGGGGUGGCAGGGCGGAAAAGGAAGAAGAGGGAGAGCAGAGGGCACAGUGGUGAUGGGGCAACAGCAGAGUGCAGUGAGCAUGUGGUUGUGUCAGCAGCAUCAGAUGGGUGCAUUCGCCUGUGGGACCUGCGCGCCCUCUCCUCCUCCAUCCAUGCACCUGCCACUGCACCCACUGCUCCCACCGCACUCCCCCCUGGGUGCCACUCCCAGGUGCUUACCAAUGCCCGCCUCACGUGCCUUGCCCUCUCCGACCUCUCACCCCACUCCACAGCACUGCCCCGUGCUGGCAAGAGGGCGGGUGGUGUGGACGGUGGUGCGGAGGCGAGGAAGAAGAGCAAGCGUGGGAAGGCGUGA